GAUCCCUUUUUCAUAGACCUUAAAACCAUAAAGAUUCAUCAGCUUGUUAGGUCUCUCGUUCUACCUAAGUACUAACAGUCCUUGUCAUAAUAGGUACCUAGACAAACCAUUAGUACCAAUCUUCUUCUCUCUAUAUAUACCUACAAUAUACCCACUUCACUAUGACAGACAUUGAUUACUACCAGCGGUUAAUAGAAAAGUUUUCUUGGGAUAACAAGCCACUUCUAUUAGCUGCAGGAGCCAGCUAUGUUGUUGGUUAUCUACAAUAUUUCUACGCAAUCCGACUUUCAUUAAGGGAAGGGAAAAGUCCGAUGCCCUUUUGGAUGCACUUAUUCUAUCUAGCCCAUGAUUCUACUUGGUCGUACAUCCUCGGUUCAGCUGCUACUCGAUACAAUGAGCACUGGUUUCUUAGGGGCACCUCUACUGCCCUCUUCGUUUGGUCCUGCUUGGAGAUCUAUUGCAUUCACAGAGCGCUUACAAAAGAUCGAGAGGCUGAAUUCGCGACUACCUUCAGUAGUACCCAAUUCAACGUUCGCUCCAUAAUCACGUAUGCGAUAGCGAUGCAGCUGGCAAUGUACGCUGUAGUUCUUUUGGGAAUAAUGUUGAUGGGCGAAAGAUGCUUGAUGCAAUGGUUCUGUCUUACAAAUGUACUCAUCGUCAUCGGCCCAAUCCACGAUUACCUACGAAGGGGCUCAAGAAGGGGGCUCUCUCUGGGCUUUUGUGUUGUUAACAUUGUCGGAACAAUCUGGACUUUCGCUCCAUUCGGUUUUUGGGUUUUAACGAUCCCCGAGGUUUUCGACAACGCCAUAUAUUAUGUUUCUGGUGUCAUACUCACAAUUUGCGUUGUCUGGGAGUUUUUUAUCGUUGCACAAUAUCCGCCGAAGUUUCAGGGUAUAAACAAGCCUGUUCCAAUAUGGUAAAACUGGAUAUUCAUCAUAGACUCGGAGUGUGUGCUUUAUCUUAGAAUACAAUUUCAGUACACAAG